CACAGAAGACACGAUUGUUAACGAACCUCUCGAACGCUGUAAUGAACAUGCUCUCGCAUCUAUAGAGCUAAACUGAAGCUUUCAAACGGGUCGAACAGGAUCAUUACGGCGUUAUGAACUUUUAACGCCGGACACCUAGAAUCUGUCAGGAGAUUAAGGUAUAGGCCAGCAGCUGCCAGCUUGGCGGGAGGAGCAUUUCCUGGCCUGAAUGCGAACCGACUGCAGCUGGAGCAUGUCCACUGCAGGCUUGACUGCCCAGGAGAUCUGUUUACCCGCGCAAAGCCUAUUCCUGCGGGGCAGCCAUUGGCAUAGCAUGGCCGGAGCUAAGCCCUCUUGGAAAUACCAUGAUCUACACAACUUCUACUUCACCAUUGAUUCUUCUAUGGAUUAUAACCUUCAGUCCCGGCAACAGGUGCUGCCAUCAUUCUCAGGAGCGGACAAACAGCAGACUCCUCUUCAAUCACCAAACAGCCCAGGAGGACAGCCCUUGCCCCCCAAAAAGCCCAGACCUUCCCAGCUCACCUUGCACACAGACCCUGCCGAAGACGACCAAGUGGUUCCCUGCUUUCAACGUCUAACGGUAUCCGACCACAUCAGUCCCCCCCAGACGCCCAGCCGAGUCACCAAACCCCUUCCCCCAAUUCCUGGCUCAGCGGAGCUUUCCCCGGAUCAGGCUAUGGACAGUGAGGUAGAGUUCUUCAAUGGAGAUGACAAUCGCUGCCUAGUUUCCGAACCUUGCUCCAAACUCUCUCCGUUCCGCUACGGAAUGCCCAGUCGGAGGAGUUGUGGACAGAUUAGGGGCUGUGGACGGAUUAACUAUGCAUACUUUGAAGGUCCAACAUCCCAGCAGAAGCCACAGCGGCAGUCGCAGCCGCAGCCGCAAAAGCCAAGGCAGGAGCAGGAAACUCAGCAGAGGGAACAGGAGCUCCGUGACCAGCAGCAAAACUGUCUCCGACAGCAGGAACGUACGCAAAGGAAGCUGCGGCGCUCCCAUUCCGGCCCCGCUGGCUGCUUUAACAAACCCACCUCCUUCCGACUGUCCAGUCACCACCGGAACACACAAGGCCUGGAUAAACCGGAAGUUCCUCCCAGAGUUCCAAUUCCACCACGACCAAUCAAGACAGGAGACUACCGCCGCUGGUCAGCCGAAGUGUCAUCGGGAGCCAACAGCGAUGAUGACCGACCUCCAAAAGUACCUCCUAGGGAACCUUUAUCCGGCAGUAGUUCCCGCACCCCGAGCCCAAAGAGCCUUUCAAUGUACCUCAACAGGAUCAUGCCCCCAACACAGAGCUUUGCCCCGGACCCUAAAUAUGUCAGUCGCGGCCUGCAGCGGCAGAAUAGUGAAGGCUCCCCGUGCAUUCUGCCCAUCAUGGAGAACGGCAGGAAAGCAAGCACCACGCACUACUUCCUUUUGCCACAACGUCCGUCGUACCUGGACAAACAUGAGCAGUAUUUUACGGACAGCACAGCGAGUCGAGGCACGGACACCUCUGAUUCGAGUUCAGACUGGGACUGUCAAAGCAAAAGGAAAACGACACACCAAAUAGACCUGGUAUGAAAUAACCGGGGCACGCUUGUCUGAUGACCCCUGAGACUUUUUCCGCUGCUUUGUCGCAGCUUUGCUCUAGCGCUCCGAGCGAGUUACGUAUGAAUUGCAGUUACUGGGAUUUCUCUUGUUUUGCUCUCAGCCUGGAAACGAUUCUAAAAGUUCUCAUAAGCGAGCUCGGAAACGAUUCUAACAGUUCUCAUAGAGCGAGCUCGGAAACUAUUUCGAUGUUGUUGUUUUUUUGUUUGUUUUUUUAAUUCAUUGUUAUGUGAAAUGUAAGUGUUGAAAUGAUAACAUGGUGCAGUUGUUUGGUAUUAGCUGGUCUGGUACCUCCAUACUUCAGUGUUGUAAAUUUUCGUAGUCAUUUUAUAUUGCAUUGAAGAUUAUUUGUAUGUCUCGGAACAUGUAGUUGAACACGUUCAAUGAUCAUAGGGACAUAGGGUCAGUAAAUGCUUCUUUGUUUGUAUCGUCUACCAUAUAUGAAGUAUAAAAACGGCCUGACUUUUUCACGGCCGGCAUUUUAAGUGAAGGGUAUUCCAUUUUAUUGCAUUGCAUAAUGCAUGCAAGCACGAAAUCUGACACAUGCACACUAUUUCGCAGUUCUUCUGUUAGACUAAUGAUCUCACCUUUUUGUCAGUACAGUCUGUAGUCUUGAUUGUGUGUUACAUAGGAACAGGCUAAUUAUUGCUUUUCUGUGUGUGUGAGUGAUACGAGAGCUGAAUGUGUUACAUUUGCCCACUUUUGGCACUACUUUGAAGCUUUUAUAAGCUGCUUAAAACGGUAGCUGAAAUGUUGCCCUCUGAAUGAACAGAGUAUUUCCGAUCCCUGGCUUCUCACUGAGGUGUAGUGUGUUCUUUUGUUGCACAAAAAGCAAUACUUGUAAAACCUGUGAAUGAGUUUCUCUCCUCUUUAAAGUGCUGUCUCCACGUGAAGCUGUGAGCUAUUGUCUGCAAUAGGAUUUCUCGAGUACUACCUCCCAUUAUAAUUCUACUUCUUAAAUACCCAACUACGGAUUACAAAGGCUCAACAAAUACAACCUACUUUGACGCACACAGGUCCGUACAAGGAAACAGUUGCCCCUGUUCUGUAUUUUUUUUAAAUUUAUGUUUUGUCCCUUUCAAAACAGUCAGUCAUUAACACUUCCUCAAAGAAAACGCAUCUUCGACCGAUUUUUAAGAGCUACGUGGAGUUAAAGUCCAUGUGUGGUGCGUUUGGCCGAGCUCACACAUACUGAUCUUCCUGUUAGACGUGAUUGCAGUGGGUGUGGGCACCAGAGACUUUGGCUGCUGGUGAAUGAGAUGGUUUAUUAUUCUAUAUUGUUUCCAGAACCAUCAUGAUAACUCAGUAAAUGUAGCAAGUGCCAUGCAAUUUAAAAAGAGGAUAGUAAGACUAUAAAAACAUGCUGUUUGGAAGCUCUGAGGUCAAGUACAACUUUCCACCUCACGUAGGGAUUUGAUGCCAUGCUUUUAUUUUUACCCUUUAUUUUACCAGUUUGUGUAUCAGGAAAUGUUUACAUUAUACGUUGUUAUUUUCCUUUAGCAGUCUUACCUAAAAAAAUGAAGGCAAGUUCAAGAAGCAAUAGACAUCUCUGCUGUGUUGUGUGUGUGUGUGUGU